CCUCAAAUUCUUUCCGUCGAAUUUUUCUGCAACCCCUCUCUGCCGCAAACCCUCUCUACCCGCAAACCUCUGCCAAUUGACUACGAGGAAGAGGAUGCGCACUGUAGCUUCCAUCGGUGCCCACAGUGAAGUUAAACUCCCUCUCCACCUCCUCCCCUCUUCUCUCCCGACGCAUCCUCUUCCUCGUCAUCUGUAACAACAGCGAACUCAAGGUCGAAGAAAGACCCCUCGUCAUCCGCUAUCGUUGUCCUCCUCCUUCUUGUUAUGAGCAUAGGACGAAGGCUACGAUGGUGGAGCCGGCGCCGGUCGGGUUAAAGGCAGGGGAAGAGGCCUCGCCCCUUCGCUGUCUUCCUCUUCCCCGACGUCAGGGAUCUCUCCCUCUUCUCCACCGAGGGGGUUCCCUUGUCCUCCGUCCACCUCGUCGUGUUCGACGACACAUGGAGGCAAGCCAAGAAGAUGGUGGCAGCGAGCGCGUCGUUCCUCGAGUGAUUUGUUGUUAGGGUUUCACUAGGAAAAUGUGAUCGACUGGUGGAGAGACCGAGCACGUUCGAAUCAGAGCUGAUGCUUAGGGGUUGUGUGAGCACAAUGGAGGUAGUGGUGAGCAUGUUGUGAGUGAUGGAGCCGAGUGGAAAGGGGUGAAGGUGGAGGGCAUGUUGUUGUUGCUGAGAGCCAUGGUGGGCUUCCAGGCGCUCCACCUAAAGCCGACGAAGCCUCGCACCAAACUGAAGAAAAAGAAGGAAAUCAUUGUAGAAAUGUUGGCAGCUAGAAAGUCAAAUGAGAAGAAGGGAGCUGUCGAGGAACACAAUCUGGCAAAUCUCACUUGCAUAACAAAGACCUUGAGUGGUACUUCUUCUGUGCUAGAGAUAGAAAAUAUCCUAAUGGCUCUAGAGCAAAUCGCACAACUGGAAAUGGCUACUGGAAAGGAUAAAGAUGUUGUUCACAACUCUUCUACUAUUGGGAUGAGGAAAUCUUUGGUUUUUCAUGUAGAAAAGCUUCCAAAAGGCAGCAGAACUGACUGGAUGAUGUAUGAGUACAGACAAGAAAGCAAGGAGCUGGUUGAUGCUGGAUUCUUUUAGGAUGCAUAUGUUGUCUGCAAAAUCUUCCAGAAAAGUGGUUCAGGUCCUAAAAUUGGGGAGCAAUAUGGUUGCACCUUUUAACGAAGAGGAUUAUGAUGAUGACACAACUACUGAAGAUUUUUUUCCUCUUGGUCCAGAAUCCUUAGAUUGUCAGACUACUUUGUUCAAUCCUAUCACUGAGCAAGCUAUGACCUCUGCUGUCAUUGAGACAUCUUCCAACCAUGAUCUUCUUGAAUUUGAUGGAAUAUUGCUGGAUGAAUUUUUAGAGUUUCUUAAUAACUCUCCACCUAGAGAGAAUGCUCAUCAUGAGGUCCCUAAUUCAGUUGUUCCCAAUAAAACUGUGAAUGAAACCUCUUCCAUAGAUCUUGAGGAAAUCUCUACUGAAUUAGAAAAUAUAUAUUCUCAUGAGCCGAAUUCUAACAACAAGGUGUCUGGAGACAAGCUCGAGGGAACUGCUUUAUCUUCUAUGCUAUUAGAACUUGAAAAUGACUAGUAUCAGAGCUCACUGAUUUUUGGUUUACCGAGGAUAACAGUCCAUAUCAAUCUACCAUGCUGAUUGAUGCAUUAACUUCCAUGAAUAAUAAUCUGGUUCCCAUGCCUGAUUCAGUCCCUUGCUUUUCUAAUGAUGGCAGUACUUCAAUGCAUUAUGCUUCUUAUGCAGGAGCUGAAAUUACCAAUGUACAACCUACAAUUACUGUACAGACAGAAGAUGUUGGAAGAUUUGCCUAUCACCCAGAUGCUCUUGAAUUUGAAUCUCUUCUAGCCAGUUUCACCAACCCUUUUCUUUGAUACCAUGUCAGAUAGACAGAUUAAGAUUUUCCAGAACUCUUGAAGAAUAAACUGCUCAGAUACCUCUGCUGAAAUCGAGUUGGCCUUCUUGAUUCUCAACCUAAAUCUACACUCUACAUGGCAAAAUUUGGUUCAUUGAAAUGUAUUCAAGUUUUCAUGCUGGUCGUAUGCCUUCUAUGCUUGUUGUAUAGCCAAGUAAGAAUCCUUGAAAGAUGCCACUGUGUAAAGCAACUUGAUAUUGCAACCGGAGUAUUGGAUGUGCUCCUUACCAGAAAAUAUGAUAUCCAGAUGAAAGCUUCCGUUGCCCUAUAGAUUCAUCUAAAUAUUGUACCACCUACGCGCAACAGGAUCACAACCAAACAUAGACGAUCUUAUCUGUUGCUAAGUCUAUUGGCUCAGCAUGCACACUACACCUUUCAUAACUGAUCAGUCCUAGGGUUCUUUACUACUAUACACCAUUAGUUUCUACACUUGCCUGGCAAGAGAACCAAUAGAUGAAAUGUCAACUUAUGUAUUGAUCUAUAAUCGAAUUCUAAAAUAAUAUAUUUAUCUCUUGAUUAGCUCAAAAAACAAAAGAUGGAAGUCUUGAGAAUGAUAUGAACACUUGUGGCCAGUGGAACACGGUUGGAUGCAUAUUAGAUUAAAAUAGUGUUAGAACAUUAUUGAUAGUGAAA